CUCCCUCCCAUUCAUAAAAAGCCAUUUUCCCAAGCAGUUGCAACAUCGUAGCAAAAAGCCAAUGUCUCUCGCGCACUGCAGGUCGACUCCGCUGUUCUUAAGGAUUUCUACUGUUACUUACAUCUCCACGGUAAAUCCUUGUCGUUGUUUUCAAACACUGGACUACAGUAAUAUCCCAACCCAAAAUUUUUCAAGGAAAUGCGCUGCUUCUUCGAAUAAAGAUCUGUAAAUGCCUGCUUCUAUCCAAUUCAUGAAGGAUACUCGAAAACAAAUGGAGCCGAGGAUUCCUCUUCAUAUCUCCGGAGUCUCCCCUUCAGUUAUGGUGCAGCCUUUGCUAGAUGGGCCAGUCCCCUAUGGUAGGCUCCAGCACCCCUUAACCAUCUUGCCAAUUGACCAGAUGAAAGCAACGCACAUAGAGAACAGCUACAUAGACAGUCCACUAGUGAUACAGCAGCCAGCUCAUCAGAAGGUGCCUAGGGGGGGAGCUCACGAAUCUCUGCUACUUGGACAACACCCCCACUUACCAAGGUGCGACCACCAUGAUGUCACUCACCCUUGGAUAACUUUCAGUGGCCGCCCCAGCUCUAUUAGCAGUAGCAGCAGCACAUCUUCAGAUCAAAGGCUAUUGGACCAUGCAGCACCCCCUCCUGUGGCUGAUAAUUCCUCCUCUUCCUCCACCAGGACUCUAAGCAUGCAGCCCCAACCUCUGAGCUCUAAGCCCAUGGAUCUUAAAACCACUGUGACACAGGUAACUAAAAAGGGACACCAGCUGUGCUGUGAGGAAUGUGGGAAAUGCAAGUGCACAGAAUGCACCCUACCAAGGACCUUACCUAGCUGCUGGGUGUGUAACCAGGAGUAUGUUUGCUCAGCCCAGAGUUUGGUUGACUAUGCCACAUGUAUGUGUCUUGUGAAAGGAAUAUUUUAUCACUGCACUAAAGACGAUGAUGAUGAAGGGUCUUGUGCAGACCGGCCUUGCUCUUGCUCCCAUUCAAACUGUUGUGCACGUUGGUCAUUCAUGGGUGCAUUGUCUUUGGUAUUACCUUGUUUAAUGUGCUAUGUGCCAGCGGUUGGCUGCAUGAAAUUGUCCCAAAAAUGUUAUGACAGUGCCAAUCGACCAGGGUGCCGCUGUAAAGGAACAGAGGCCAAACCAGGCUCCCAAGGGAAGCCAUCCUGAUCAAAUGUGAUCCUCCUUUGAGAGGAAUUCUUAAUCCAACUUUCAAAAAAACAUCCAUCCAGUUUGCCUGGAUAAGAGCAAUUCUGGUACUUUAAGGAUCAACUAUCUACUUUUGUUCAAGAUGUUUGUAAUCUAAUAACACGGCAUAGGUGCCUAUUUAUAAGUAAAUGAAGAUAAAUCGUAAAAUUGUAAUGUGACAGAUAUUAAAAGCACAAGUGACAUUUUUAUGACCUUCUUUCAGUCUAAGGGAUGGGAUUUAUAUAUCUAAUAUAAGAACAAUGGCCCUCCUAAACAGCAAGUCAUUGAAUCUUCAUAAAAGAUGGUAAUCUCCUUGUUGACCAGGGCCCUAAAAUUUAAAGUAGAUCUCUGGAGAAGCCAAAAUAUUUCAGAAUCUCCUACUCUACACAACCUUCACUCCUGCUUUCUCUGUUGCUAAAAUGAGUGAACCAAAAUUUAAAAAUUUAAACCCUACCUCCUCAGUAGGGAAACUAUAGUUAUUUACUAUUUAAAUCAAUAUACAUUUCACUUUGGCUUACUUAUUCACCCUGAAAUAUUUCACUAAUUCAUUUUUUAUUAAUAAGAGACAUUUUCAGCAUGAAUUAUUACAAUUGAUAAUUGUUUACCUAAAAAAAUGAAAAAUGUUUUAAGUAAAAUAAAUUCUGGUGUAGCAGAAGAGAAGGCCACAUGCAAAGGGACACAAGUACAAGUCUAUACUAUUACACCUUUAUUUGUAAUCUAUUGAAACACAAUAGCUUUUGUUUUCAGAUGAAUAAGAGUGAACUUAUAAUAAUAAUAAUAAUAAUAUCUUAAAGUAACAUUAGUUGCAAAACAUACACGUGUCAAAUAUAGUGUUUAUAUUAAAGUCUAGAGUAACCGAAUAUAAAAUGGGAAGCACCAUGUUGUUUUUGUGUUACCGCAGAACAAGAAACAAAUUAACGGAACACCUUGAUUAUAUCUGUGCAUGUUUACUAUAAAACACUGAUAUAUAUAUAUAUAUAUAUAUAUAUAUAUAUAUACAACAGAAGAAUUUGCCUUUCUUUUUCAUAUAAUCAGUUGUGUGUGCAUGCAACAAAAAUGGUACUGAGUCCCUUUUUGCUGUGUUCCAAAUAAGCUAAACAUGCGAGCUUUUGCACUGUGUCUAGAUGUCUAGACCACUUUUCAUGUUCUUAAUGUUUUUUUUUUCCAUCUGACAACCUUAUUUCUGACAUACAUAAAGCAAAGCCCAGAUGUAAAUAAAUUAAUACACAGAGACACAUAUAAAACAUUCAAAA